AGACAAUUAACACAUGGUACAAAUAAUACACAUUGGUUUUAAGAAAAUGGAGAUUCAACAAGUUCGUGCUUGUGCUUGUGUUCUCUUAGUUGCCAUAGUUUCCUCUUCUCUCAUUACUUCUUCUGGUGCAACUAAUUCCACAAAUUGGUCUACUGCUCUUCUAAUCAAAGUCGAUCAAUCCGGAAAUGGCGAUUUUAAGAAGAUACAAGAUGCUAUUGAUGUUGUACCAUCUAAUAACUCUGACAAUGUCUUCAUAUGGAUUAAGCCAGGAAUCUACAGAGAAAAAAUAGUGAUUCCAGAGGAUAAACCCUUCAUAACAUUGAGUGGAUCCAAGGCGAGUACUACCAUAAUAACGGAGAAUGGCUACGGCAACAUAUUUGAGUCUGCUACUCUCUCUAUAUUGGCUACUGACUUUGUAGCCCGAUCUCUUACAAUAGAGAACACAUACGGUUCUGGCAACAAAGCAGUGGCAUUGAGGGUAUCAGCAGACAAAGCAGCAUUUUAUGGGUGCAAGAUACUCUCUUAUCAAGAUACCCUCCUUGAUGACACAGGAAGACAUUAUUACAACAACUCUUACAUCGAAGGUGCCACUGAUUUCAUCUGUGGAAACGCUGCUUCUCUUUUUGAAAAUUGUCAUCUACAUUCACUAUCGAAAGGAACUGGGGCAAUCACGGCCCAACGCAGGGAAUCACCUUCAGAGAACACUGGGUUCACAUUCUUGGGUUGCAAGAUCACCGGAAUGGGCAGCUGCGUCUUAGGAAGGCCAUGGGGUGCUUACUCUAGGGUGGUGUUUGCCAUGACUUACAUGUCUAGCUCUGUACUGUCUCAGGGUUGGGACGACUGGGGUCGUUCAUCCACACACAGUACGGUGUACUAUGGGGAGUAUAAGGAUUAUGGACCUGGAGCAGCUUCAUCAGGAAGGGUUAAAUGGUCGCGAAGGCUUUCAGCUGCGGAGGCCAAACCUUUCUUGAGUAAGGAUAUGAUCGGUGGAAAGGAUUGGCUUAGACCUGUACCUACCCAUUUCAAGAGACCUUAUUACAUCAUCUCCAAUAAGUAAUUAAUUAUGGAUGAGACCUGCUACAAUCGCAAGUUCUUAUGGA